AUGCAAACGUUUGCUGAUCCGGUAGAUGAUAAAGAAAACAUUUAAAUGAACAACUAAUUUGUAAAGUAAGAAAACAAUUCGAAGCUUUCUAGCCAGUUUUAAAGCAGCAAAGUAUCUGUUUCACAGGAUUUUAUAAAUUUAAUCCAUAAUAACGAAUAAUAUCAAAAUAAUUAAUAUAACAUCAUUGAUAUGAAAGACCUCUAAAUUUAAAUCAACCCUUCUAGCCCUUUUUCUAAUUCAAACGCAUCAAAAAAGCUAACGAUGAAACUAAAUUAAUUGAGCUUGAUUAAUAGAAAUAAUUAGCCAUAUUAAAUUAAUGAAGAUUUAUGA